CAAAACAUGAUCAAACAUGAAAACAAGUUACAUUUUCUUUAAUUUUUAAUUUAAUGCAGUAUAUAUUCUUAUUUAUCAUGAUUGAAAUAUACAACAGUAGAAAAUGAAUUCUUCAAAUUCUUUCAUUCAAAACACUGACAGAACUAACCUUACUGAUUCGUCACUAUCUAAGAAACCAGAAUUUUCAAUAAGAAUAGUAGUAUGCGAUCAUUAUCUUACAAAACCAGUACCUGGUAUUGAUGUUAUAUAUUCUGAAUUUAGAGGAUCGGAUAUAAAACAGGUGCCAGUGCUUAGAAUUUUUGGACCUACACCAGAAGGAAGGAACGCAUGCCUUCAUAUUCAUGGUGUUUUCCCUUAUUUUUAUUUACCAUGUCCUACAUCAAAUCCAGAACCACAAUUACUGUAUCAGAUUGCAGCAAGCUUAGACAAGGCUAUAAAUAUUGCAUUGAAACAAGCAACAUCUGUAAAUCAACAUGUAUAUAAAAUAUCUUUGGUUAAAGGAUUACCUUUCUAUGGAUUUCAUGACAAAGAGCACUUAUAUUUAAAGAUAUUUCUGUAUAAUCCAGGCUUAAUAAGACAGGCAGUUGAGUUAUGCAGCAAUGGAGCUAUUUUGGGUCAACCUCUACAGCCACAUGAAUCUCACCUUAACUUCACAUUACAGUUUUUCAUAGAUUUCAAUUUAUUUGGUAUGAGCAAUAUAGAUUUACAAAGUGUUAAAUUUCGUAGAAAUGGUCUAUCGCAACAUAGUAAUGACCCUUUAGAUGAACUUGAUGAAAUCAAUCUGAAACCGGAAAGUAUAUGUUACUUUGAAGCUGACUGUGUCGCAUCACAGAUUAUAAAUAGACAGAGAAUAGGAAAAGCAGACGGCAUAGAAAAUCCAGGUCUAGAAGAAGUAUGGAAUCAAGAAAUGGAAAGAAGGAAACAGUUAGAUAUAUCUCUAGCAUCGAAAUCGUUAACUCAAAGUAGAAAUAGCACGGAUGAAACAGAUUCACAUUAUAAAUAUCAAAAUAUGUUUUUAGUUAAAAAUUCUAAUUUAAUUGAUAAACCAAUUGAAAUAGAGACAAAGGUGGCAAAUGAUCCUAAAGUACAUUAUCCAGCAGAAAUGACUAUGGAUGGAUCACAACUUUAUAAUGCAACCGAUGUCAGUACACAUUUACCUGAAAACACAAGUUUAACAUUAAAUAAAACUUUUAGAAAUAAUAGUGAAAAUGCUAUUCUUGACACCACACUAGUAGAUGAAGAUAUAGCAUUGAAUAGCAGUUUUUCUCUACAUUACAGUCAAGUAUUAUUGGAUAGUGAAGAUUUUGAAUUAGUUGAUAUGCUUCAAGAUUUAGAUGAUAAGCAAAUAGAUGAUGAUAGUGUAAUGGGUACUCAAAAGGACAUGGCCGAAGAAGUAAAUUCUGACGCUGAACUUGAUAAAGAAUAUUCACAAAUAUACAAUGAUGAUACUAUUUGUUUGGAUCGGGAUAAAUGUGAAAGUGAUGCUAAGGAAUCGACACCAUCUUGGAAUGAUACAUUUUGGGACGGUGCUAACAUAUCACAAUUGGAUGGAGCAUGUGAUGAUGAUCAUGUUAAAAAAGUAAGAAAAAGAAAAAUGACAUCAUUUAAACUUGGUCUAUCUAGGCCAAAAACUAAAAAGUCCACUAAAACAGAAAAUAAUGAAUUAAAUAAAAAUUUGAGUACAGAAACGAUAAAAACAGAAGAAGAAAUAAAAGUAUUAGAUGUUUCAGAAAGUAAAGAAUCUAUGAAUACAACUCCAAAAAAAUCUUUAGAAAUGUCAAUAGAUGUACUAGACAUAAGUUUAAAUAAGGAGAAACCUGAAGAAAAAGUGAUUAACACUAAUAUAUCUCUUACUGAAUUAGUUAAAAUAAAAUCUGAAAAAAUGAAACAAGAACCAGCUAUUGAAUAUGAUAAAAAUAAUAAAUUUGAACCAAUCGCAGGACCAUCGAAACUAAUAACUAAUAAAAAGAAAAUUAUCAUCCCUGAUAAUUCUAUAAAUGAUUCAUUUGAUUCAUCACCAGAUGAUGUUGGCAUCACAAGUUUUUAUGACACAUCAAAAUUUUUGGAUACAUCUUUAGAAAUUGAUACCAACUUAUCUCCAGAACCCGCAAAUCACACUAAGAUUACUAUCGAACAAAACCCUAUAAAUAUUAAAAUAUGUGAAGAUACUAAAAUUAAAAAGGAAAUUGAAGAUUUAAAUGAUAAAAAAAUUAUAAUAACACCUAAAAUAAAACCACCUACUACAAAUUACGUUAAAUCAACAUGUCAAAAGUAUUCGAUACCAGAAAAUCUUAAUUUGAAACCUUUUUUCUCUAAUUACAAAGAUGUUGGUGACAAAAUAGAAAUAGGUCAAAUGGUCAUUAAAUUACAAAGUCAUCAAGCACGCGAUAUGAAUCCGUUUGAAAAAGUAUUAAACACAACUAGUAUAGAAGAAUGGAGGCAAUUAUUAUUUCUGCAACAGACAAAUGAAAUGCCGGAUGAUAUUGCAAAACCAGAAAUACUUAAAUCAUUAUUAGCGGGGAAUAAACAAUACAUUUUAGAACCGAUUAACAAACCUCCUACAACACGUGAUGUUAUUAAUUGGAUGAAACAAGAAGAAUUAACAACAGAAUCUAAUUUAAAUUGUAAAGAAUUAAAAGAUAUUGAUGAACUAGAAUCAUCUCAAGUUAUAGGUUUAAAUGAUGAUGAAAUUAACAGUAGCCUUAGUUUAGAAAGUACAGAUAAAGAUAUAACAAAAAUAACCAACAGUCUUCAAGCUAUGCAACCUGAUGGUUCAUUUCUUUGUUUCGGAAGUACAGAAAAUCAAAGUGAAAGUAUUCGAGACUCACCUGCAUUGGAGGUUAAUUUUCUUACAUUAAUGCUAAUAGAAGUGCAUACAUCUGUUCGUUUAGAUUUGAACCCUGACCCAUCAAUAGAUCCUAUCCAAGCCAUAUUUAUUACUGUAAAAAAUGACUGUCCAACAAAUCAUUUUCUACAAAAUGAAAAGACAGUAAUACUCGCAAUAGAUUCACUUCAACCUCCAAAACUAUUGGAUAGGUGCGUUUUUAAUUCACAAGUGACAUACGUAGAAAAUGAAAUUAAAUGUAUAGAUAAAUUGAUACAAUUAGUAAAAGAAAACGACCCUGAUAUUUUAUGUGGAUACGAUAUUGAAAUGAACUCUUGGGGUUACGUUAUAGAAAGGGCGCAAAAUUUAGGCAUUGAGGUUAUAAUGGAAAUUUCUAGAAUAACCGAGAAACAUCGACAGAAGAGAUGGAGGAAUGAUGAAAGUGAAUUAGAAGGGAGGGUAAUUGGAAGAAUUACGUUUAAUGUAUGGCGUCUGUUUAGACAUGAGUUGGCAUUAUCCAGUUAUAGCUUUGAGAAUUGCAUGUACGUGAUAUUAAAUGAGAGGGUACCAACAUAUAGCUACGCACAAUUAUCAGAAUGGUGGAAUGAUGAAUCAAGGAUUUUAAGAUGGAUUCCAGUUGAAUAUUAUCUCACUAAACUGUCCGGAACAGUUAGGAUGUUGGAGAAACUAGAUAUGAUAAAUCGUACAUCAGAGCUGGCUCGUCUGUUCGGUCUGCAAUGGUGGGAGGUGUUGUCCCGGGGCUCUCAGUUCCGCGUGGAGUCGCUCAUGUUGCGUGCAGCUCGACCUCUAAACUUAGUCGCGUUGUCGCCUACAGUACGACAGCGAGCCGCAAUGCGUGCGCCAGAAUGUCUGCCACUUAUAUUUGAACCAGAAUCCCGUUUUUAUUCGGAUCCAGUGAUAGUAUUGGAUUUUCAAAGUUUGUACCCUUCUAUGAUGAUCGCCUACAACUACUGCUUCUCGACCUGCAUCGGUCGCGUGCAAAAUAUUAACGGUGAUGCGCCAUACGAAUUCGGCGCAUGGCGUUUACGUAUACCUAAAUCAAAGUUGGACACACUAGUGGGGAAUGAAUUAGUGCAUUGGUCACCUGUGGGCGUGGGCUUUAUCAAAUCUUCAGUGCGUCGUGGUGUGUUACCUGCGCUACUAAGACGAAUCCUCGCCGCGCGGCAAGCAGUCAAGAAGAAUAUGAAACUGCAAACUGAUGAGGCAGUUAAAAAAGCCAUGCAUUCAAGACAAUUAGGGUUGAAACUAAUAGCGAAUGUAACGUACGGCUACACCGCGGCUAACUUCAGCGGGCGCAUGCCGUGUGUGGAGGUAGGCGACAGCGUCGUUGCCAAGGGACGGGAAACAUUGGAACGAGCUAUCAAACUCGUCAACAAUACUGAUAAAUGGAAUGCAAAGGUGAUAUACGGCGAUACGGAUUCAAUGUUUGUAUUAAUUCCGGGAGCGAGCAGACGGCGCGCCUUUGAGAUUGGACAAGAGAUCGCUGACGCAGUCACCGCUGACAAUCCAUCACCUGUCGUAUUAAAACUAGAAAAGGUGUACCAGCCAUGUAUAUUACAAACAAAGAAACGUUACGUGGGCUACAUGUACGAGAGUCCGGAUCAAGAGAAGCCAGUCUAUGAAGCAAAGGGCAUUGAGACCGUGCGCAGGGAUGGCUGCCCCGCUGGAGUUAAGCUACUCCAGCGGUCCCUGUGCGAGUUGUUCGAGACGGGCGACAUGUCGCGUGUGAAGCGCGUGGUGUGCGCGACGCUGGCGCGCCUCGCCGACGGUACACUGCCGCCACACGAGCUGUUUUUCACGCGCGAGUACCACGGACCUGCGGGGUACAAGUCCGGAGCGGCCGUGCCUCCUAAUGAAAUUGCCAAGCGACUGAUGUGCCGCGAUCCGAGAAGCGUGCCUCGUGCAGGGUGGCGCGUGUCGUGGCUGGUGUGCGCGGGAGCCCCGGGCACCGCGCUGUCGCGGCUGGCGCGCUCGCCCCGCGACCUGCUGCGCCAGCCCGCCGCGCCACACAUCGCCUACUACGCCACGCGAGUCCUGCUGCCCCCGCUGCACCGCUGCCUUUCAUUGCUAGGAGUGCACGUCUUCAAUUGGUGGAAGGAAGUGGGUCAAGGACGAGAGAUCCAGCUAGAGAGAGCGGCAGCUAGCCGUGGUGGGGGUAUCGCGCGGUACAUGGAACGCGGGCGGUGCGCGGUGUGCGGCGCGCGGGGUGCCCGCUCUCUGUGCGGCGCAUGCGCACGGCCCCGAGCCCUUCUCCCGCUCGCUACCAGACUUGCGCGCGCGCACACACAUUUACAACAUUGUUAUGACAUUUGUAGUACUUGCACGAGCCACUCUGAGUAUAGGCAAUGCGAGAACACCGAGUGUCCGGUGUUAUGGCGCAGAAUCACCGCGCAACAGAAACUAGAUGAAAUACGAGACGUCUUCAACAAUCUACCUCCUCACCUGACCUUGCAUGAUAUACAUUUCUAAUUUAUAAUGAUGGUUAUUGUGAAAUAUAAGAAAAAUUAUGUAAUUUUAUAUUUAUUAGUAAAAUGCACAAUUUAUUGUUUUAAUAUGUGUUGCAAUAAUUUCUAUGCUACGGAUACAUUGUCGCGCGAAGAUUCAUGUUGUUAGAAAAACUAUCGAUUGUUUCGAAGGUUUAGAUGAAGAAAAAAGACUAUUUUUGAACAAUUUUUACUAGUUAGAACUUAUUUUGGUCUUAUAACAAACAGUUAAGGAACAGUAAGUAUAUUCUAAUAGAAAAAAUGUCAUUCAUUCAUUCAUAGAGUUCUUCACUUGUUUAUGUCAUUACGAUUUGUGACCCUUUUGUUGGUAGUUUAUUAGAUGAAAUAUAUUUUUCAUGAUGUGGUGGUGAAUGGGAUUGCACAUGAAUUAGGAGAUGGCAGAUUACAGAAUUCAGUUGAUUGUUUACAAUUACAUUAUCCAUCAUGGCUGCUCGGAAGAGCAAAUCAUAGAUGUAAUUCAUUACAACUUCUUUGGCAUUGUGAUCUUUUAGUUUUCAUAUUUUAUUUGCAAUUAAUUUACUGAACAUGUCAUAUUCAUUAUUUAAAGUUUUGAUGUGCUUAAAAUCUUCUUUCAUUUGUUUUUUAGCUUCUAUAAUUUCUGGAGGUAUGUUUCUGUCUGGAGGACUGUCUCUUAUUGGUUUUUUCUCAAGAAUUAUUUAUGACUUUUCUUCUAUUGAAAUAUGCUCAGUAUGAAUUACUUUCUUUGUCUCUCUUU